GCUCGGCGUCUUUCAGUCGUCUCGAUAUUUAAUGCACACCUGCUGGAUUGUCAACUUAAUAGGCCCGAGUUUGGUUAUACUGGCUUAAGUAACCAAUCAACAAUAUAUUUCUGACGUAACCUAGUAUCUUUGGGUGGUGCUUUAUUACAUUGGCCAACCCUGAUUGGAGAACCACAACGAUUUUGGCUUGAAGUGUGGAGUUGAACAGGUGGACGAGUUUGUUCGCCUUGAUGAUGGGCAGUCAGCACGAUAUUCAAGAGUUCUGUCUUAAAUGGAACAAUCAUCACAGUACCUUAGUAUCUGUCCUUGACUCUCUACUUGUGAGAGAAAGUCUGGUUGAUGUAGUUUUAGCUGCAGAAGGCCAGUCAAUAAAAGUACACAGAUUAGUUCUCUUUGCCUGCUCUCAGUAUUUCACAGAUUUGCUCAGUCAACAGACAGAAAAGCAUGCUGUUGUGUUUUUGAAAGAUGUUGCAUUCAGUGACCUGAAAUCCUUAGUUGACUUCAUGUACAGAGGAGAAGUCAACAUCUCUCAGUAUCAGUUAGAGAGCUUUCUACAGACCGCUGAAGCAUUGCAAAUUAAAGGUCUUGCAGAUAAGCCAAAUCAUCGCAAAUACAUGUCAAGUCUUGUUUCAAAAAAGCAGAAGGCAAAUGAUAACCCUGCUACUGCUGUGGAUAGCACAAUACAAAAAACGGAAUCUCAGUCAAAAAUGCCUUGCCCACCGCGUUUGCAUGGACCUAAAGCAGUCUCGAAGAGAACAAAAACUUUGGCAGAACGAAAGCAACUACAACAACAACAACCCGCCGAAUCAGACGAAACGCCUGAUGUCGGAGACUGUGAGAUGGAAACUGAUCCCACCGUUGGCGAGCAACUCGAAGACGAUCAAGAAAGGCAUUCGGAUCAGGAAUCUAUUAAAGAAGAAGAUGAUGAAGGCUGGAGUGCCGGGAAUUCUCAGCAUAGUCUCAGUGGCAUUUCCGCUUCUGGUUCUUACGGAGCAAUAGCUUCGGCUCAGGAAACCGGUAACGAGACUUGGGCUUCAGAGAAUGGCGCUGGAGCCUCUGAAACUAAUUAUGAUCUCACCAUGUCGGAUUCCUCGCAAUAUGGAGACGGAGGUACAGUUGAACCUAUCAUAAUAGAAGAUCCCGAUGGCGGCGACAGACCUUUUUCUUGCCCCCGAUGUGGACGGCGCUAUAAAAGAAAGAACAACGCAGUUGCUCAUCUUCGAUACGAAUGCGGAGUCGUCCCGUCCUUUCCUUGCCCCAUAUGUUCUCACAUGCUCUCACAACGCCGCUACAUCCAGAAACACAUCAGACGCAAGCAUCCGGACUACAUUCAAGAUUAUCAAGAAUACAAAGAACAGCAGAAAGCAAGAACAUCGGGUGAUGAUGUCGACUGAGAACACAAUGUCUAAGGUCUUUGUAACGAAACAAGAUGUUUCACAUCA